GACGCAACCAUCCAUAAAACAGUGCUGACGUCUGUCUCAACUCACCACCAUUGCCUGACCGACUCAUCAUGGCAGCGAAGGAAGAACAGACUACCAUCGAGGUCGUGGACCUCGACGCCAAGGGCGAGCAGAGCGAGUCGGCGCACAUCGAGGCGCUCGCGGCCAACGAGCUCGACAAGGACGAGGAGAAGCAUCUCGUGUGGAAGCUCGACCGGCACAUUGCGCCAGUCGCAAUGGGCUUGUAUCUCAUCGCGUUCCUUGACCGCGCCAACAUCGGCAAUGCCGCCGUGGGAGGAAUGACAGAGGACUUGAACUUUCCAGCCAACGGCUUGAGUGUCGCCACGUCCAUCUUCUACGUUACCUAUGUCAUCUUCGAAACGCCAGCUACCAUCCUCCUCCGCAGCCUCAAGCCCAAGCGUUUGAUCCCCGCAGUCGUCAUUAUCUGGGGCGGUAUCUCUCUUGCCAACGGCUUCUGCAGGAACUACGCGCAGGUGCUCGCUUGCCGUCUCCUGCUGGGAAUGUGCGAGGCCGCCCUCUCCCCGUGCCUCGUGCUCUACAUGACAACAUUUUACCGGCGCGAAGAGCUCGCCCUUCGGCUCUGCUACCUAUACAUGUCAUCGGCGAUUUCCGGCGUCCUUGGUGGCCUCAUCGCCGCUGGCUUCCUCAAGAUGGACGGCCUGCAGGGCCUGCGCGGCUGGCAGUGGCUGUACAUCAUUGAGGGCGCGCUCACGAUCCUCGUCGGAAUCGUCGUUUUCUUCUGUAUCGCCAACACGUACCAGAGCGCGCGGUAUCUCAACGAGCGCGAAAAGUGGAUGAUGAGCGUGCGGCAGGCGCAAGAGGCUGCAUUCAACCACGACGACGGGUUCAGCUGGGCGGAGAUCCGCAAAGCGUUCACCGACCCGGUUAUCUGGCUCUCGGGGUUCGUACAGCUGGGCCUCGACGUCUGCCUCUACGGCUACAGCACGUUCCUCGUGGUCAUCAUCAACCAGUUCGGCUUCGACCGCAUCGCCUCGCAGGGCAUCACCGCACCCGUCUACUUCUUCUGUGCCCUCACUUACCUCGUCGGCGCCCUCAUCUCGAUGCGCUACAGUGUACGCUACUUCGUGCUACUGCCACUCGCAAUCGUCACGGCUGUCGGCUACGCCGUCCUCAUCGGCUACCCGCCGACAGUCGGCGGCCAGCUCGUCGGUUGCUUCCUCGCCGGCGCUGGCAUCUACAUCUGCGUGGGGUUGCACGUCACCUGGCUCGGACAGAACGUCGCGGGCUUCCGCAAGCGCUCCGUCUCCGUCGGCUUGCAGCAAACGGUGGGAAACACCGGCGGUGUUGUUGCCGGCCAGAUCUACCGCUCGGUCGACAAGCCGCGGUAUCUCAUCGGGCACGGUGUGUCGCUCGCUUUCUGGGUGCUGGCCAUUGCGGGGAUGACCGCGGAAUACUUUAUUUGGCGGAGCAGGAAUGCGGCGCGCGACAGGAUGACCGCUGAGGAGAAGGACGAGGUCGACGUCGCGGGCAUCACGGGCGACCACCACUACUCGUUCCGCUACGCGCUCUGAGGAUGUGGAACUGGUGGCAGAGGCAGGGGGUUGGAGUUGCCAAAAGGUGUUGCGUUUGUAGAUCAACUGAGCAAGGACAAAGGGGCAAUAAGUAAGGACGUUGUUCAUGCAAAGAAUUCUUGUCAAUGUUUAUCC